AGGGCUAGAGAGGCCGGAAGUGAGGCGAGCGCGGGGCCGCGCUGGCCGCGCCGGCGGGACGCCUCGGUUCUUCUCCGGUCUCGCACUCCCGGCUCAGGGACGAGGAGGCCCCAGAAGACCCCAGGGAUGGAGGAGGAGGGAGCGCGGCAGCCCUCCGGGCCACCCACCAGGAAGAAAUUCUUCAUACCACUGGGCGAGGAUGAGGCCCCUCCUGCAGGGCUCAAGCCCUUAUUCAAGUCCACCCGGAGCUUUCCCGCCACGGAGACCUCACCCCAGGCGGCCCCUCAGACCUACGCUGAGUAUGCCAUCUCGGGACCUCCAGGGGGGGCUGGGGCUCCGCACCCCACAGGGCCAGAAGCCGUGGCAGGAGAGCCCCCCGGCCAGGCCCCCAAGCCGGGGACGAAGUCCAGUAGCAUCAUUGUGAGCCCGCGGCAGAGGGGCAACCCCGUGCUGAAGUUUGUGCGUAACGUGCCCUGGGAGUUUGGUGACGUGCUUCCCGACUACGUGCUGGGCCAGAGCACCUGUGCCCUGUUCCUCAGCCUCCGCUACCACAACCUCCACCCGGACUACAUCCACGGGCGGCUGCAGAGCCUGGGGAAGAGCUUCGCCCUGAGGGUCCUGCUCGUCCAGGUGGACGUGAAAGAUCCACAGAAGGCCCUCAAGGAGCUGGCUAAGAUGUGCAUCCUGGCUGACUGCACCCUGGUCCUUGCCUGGAGCCCCGAGGAGGCCGGGCGGUACCUGGAGACCUACAAGGCCUACGAGCAGAAGCCGGCCGACCUCCUGAUGGAGAAGCUGGAACAAGAUUUCGUCUCCCGGGUGACCGAAUGCCUGACCACCGUGAAGUCAGUCAAUAAAACCGACAGCCAGACCCUCCUAACUACUUUUGGGUCUCUGGAACAGCUCAUAGCCGCGUCACGGGAAGACCUGGCUUUGUGCCCGGGCCUGGGGCCCCAAAAGGCCCGGAGGCUGUUUGAUGUCCUACACGAGCCCUUCUUGAAAGUGCCCCGAUGACCCCAGCUGUCACGGAGGCCCUCGUUGUACCAAUAAAGCAUUUUCCAGGCCCA